UCCUCCCAAAUCCGUAUAUUCCUUGUGUAAUUAAGUUUUCCCAACGUUUUUUAGCUGAAGUUGUUUUGUUUUAUGUGGGUUUGGGCUGAAUUUGCAAUGUUUUAAGAUUUUUGCUUCAAUGUUGUGUUCUUGUGCUCCAUUUUGUUCCUUGGUUGUGAUUUUUUGUGGUUUGGUUUGUUUAGAGCAACAAGGAAAAGAUGGGCGAGGGAGAGAAACUCCAGCUGGGAACUGUUGGUGCAUUGAGUUUGUCUGUGGUGUCAUCGGUGUCAAUUGUGAUUUGUAAUAAGGCGUUGAUGAGCUCUCUACAUUUCAUUUUUGCUACAACUUUGACAAGUUGGCAUCUUCUUGUAACAUUUUGUUCCCUUCAUGUGGCACUAAAGUUGAGAUUUUUUGAGCACAAACCUUUUGAGCGGAAAGCUGUGAUGGGGUUUGGAAUUCUAAAUGGAAUCUCAAUUGGACUUUUAAAUUUGAGCCUAGGCUUCAAUUCUGUUGGCUUUUAUCAGAUGACAAAGUUGGCAAUCAUUCCAUGUACUAUUCUCUUGGAGAUCCUUUUUCUUGGGAAGAAAUUCAGUAAAAGAGUACAAUUUUCCCUAUCUAUCCUCCUUCUGGGUGUUGGAAUUGCAACCGUUACUGAUUUGCAGCUCAAUGCUUUGGGCUCUUUCUUAUCUUUUCUCGCGGUGAUUACAACAUGUGUUUCUCAAAUUAUGACAAAUACCAUUCAGAAGAAGUUUAAGGUUUCUUCUACCCAACUUUUGUAUCAAACAUGUCCAUAUCAAUCAGCUACCUUGUUAUUCUUUGGACCAUAUUUGGAUAAACUUUUGACCAACCUAAAUGUUUUUGCUUUCAAGUACACAACACAAGUGACGAUGGUCAUUGUUCUUUCAUGCAUGAUCUCUAUCGCGGUGAAUUUUAGUACAUUUCUUGUAAUUGGAAAGACAUCUCCAGUCACCUAUCAGGUUCUUGGACAUCUAAAGACAUGCCUUGUAUUGGCUUUUGGAUAUAUUAUUGUCCAUGACCCCUUCAGCUGGAGGAACAUACUCGGAAUUUUGGUAGCCAUGGUUGGGAUGAUUCUAUAUUCCUAUUAUUGUGCUACCGAGGGUCAACAAAAAGCAGCCGAAGCUGCUGCACAAGCAUCACAGGCAAGAGAAGGUGAAUCUGAGACUCUAAUUAAUGUGGAAAAUGCAAGUACGGUUCUGAACAAAAGGCCUCCUGUUUGGAGCAAAGAAAAAGAUUAGCACUCUGUAUGAAUUUUUUAAAAUCAUCGUUAAGGACAAUAUAUAAGCCCAUAAAGGAAUUAUACCCCCAAUUAGGAUUUUUUCCAGAAUUAAGGUUUCAAAUAGUUACAGUUGUGAAUUGUUUGUUCAA